GGUUUUUGUAGGGGGGAAGACAUUUGGCGUGACACCUCCGCCUUGAAGGGACAACCCGGAAGUGUAUUUUGAAGUUGGAGCAGAGAACAACAAACGGAGAUUAUCACUAAACUCCUCACUUUACAAGUCUAACAAUGUCGGAAAGAAAAGUAUUGAAUAAAUACUACCCUCCGGACUUUGAUCCGGCCAAAAUCCCCAAACUUAAACUCCCUAAAGAUCGACAGUAUGUGGUCAGAUUGAUGGCACCGUUCAACAUGAGGUGCAAAACAUGUGGUGAGUACAUCUACAAGGGAAAGAAGUUUAAUGCUCGUAAAGAAACAGUCCAGAAUCAACUCUACAUGGGACUUCCCAUCUUCCGUUUCUAUAUAAAAUGCACUCGCUGUUUGGCUGAGAUUACAUUUAAGACAGAUCCAGAGAACACGGAUUACGCCAUGGAGCACGGUGCUACCCGCAACUUCCAAGCGGAGAAACUCAUCGAGGAAGAGGAGAAGAGAGUCCAAGAGGAGCGAGAAGAGGAGGAGCUAAACAACCCAAUGAAGGUGUUGGAGAACCGCACGCGGGAUUCCAAGAUGGAGAUGGAGGUGCUGGAAAACCUCCAGGAGCUGAAGGAUCUCAACCAGAGGCAGGCUCAGGUGGACUUUGAAAGCAUGCUCGGUCAGUACAGAGAGCUGGAAAAGAGAGAGAGGGAGCGAGAGAAAGUGGAGGACGAGCUGGAAACCAAAGACAUGUUGGAGAGAGCCCUCGUCAAAAGACUAAGAGACUCCGACUCUGACAGUGGAGAGGAGGGCAGCAGCAACAUCCAACCAAAGAAAUCCAGCAGCGAUAAUCCGACUGAUAUCCUUACAACUGACAAACCCACCGAAACACAAGCCGCCUGUGUGAAGAGGGUGAAGGUGGAGAGCUGGGAGAGGAGUGUGGGCACACUGGUGGGUAAGGGGUCACUGGGAUCCCUUGUAGUGCGCAAGAAACCUGCAGUCAACAACACGGCGAGUCCAGCGCAGACAUCUGGUGCAGCUUCAAAGACUUCCAGUGUCAGCACGGCCACACAAAAUGGAUCGUCGUCUCUCAGCUUGCUGGGCGCUUAUUCUGAUAGCGAGAGCAACGACAGCGAAUAAAGACGGAACAGGCAUGAAAUGGGAGUGCCGCUGUGUACAAAUCAAGUAACACUGUCAUUUUGUAAAUAUAUUUUAGUCUAUAAUAAAAUUGACUAAGCUGUG